UGUAACUUCCCCGGCUCGGGCUGGGCAUCGGUGUCCUCCGGAGUGAGGCGCUCGGAAGCCGCAGAGGAAUGCAGCGAAGCGGCGAGGAAGAGCCGCUGCCGUGUGGAGGAGGCUGAGCGGUGGGAGGGGCGGGGAGGGACCAGCCGCGGCAGUGACAAGGUGCCAGCGAAGCCGAGGGGACGCUGCCUGUGCUCCACCGCCCACGUCGCUGCCCGCCCGGAGAAGUUUGCCUCGGCAGCACUGCAACCGCCGGGGCCGCCGCGUCCGAGCAGGGAACCGCGUCCGAAGCCGCCGCACGCUGAUCCGCGGCGGGACGGGGGUGGUCUCUGCCGGGACGCGGCGGGGGGACGUCGCCCCGCCCGCGCCAUGGCAGCCCGCUCACGGAGACCCUGGCUGAGCGUGGUGCUGGGUCUGGUGCUGGGCUUCACUGCCGCCUCCUGGCUCAUCGCUCCCCGGGUGGCCGAGAUGAGCGAGAAGAAGCGGCGCGGCGCCAGCUUCUGUUCCUACUACGGCCGCGCGGCGGGGCCGGGGGCGGCCGAGCAGCCGGCGGCAGCGGCGGUGCUGGACGGCACAGGCGUGCGGAGCAGCCCGUGGGAACUGCAGGCGGCAGAGGAAAGCACGGUGUCCAGCCCCGCCGCUGGCGGGGAAGCGGAGCAGGAGGAGGAGGAGGAAGGAGGCGAGAAGCGGAGCGGGCGGCCCGGCGGCAGCCGCAACGGGAGCGGUGACUGGGGAGGCGCGGCGGGCUGCGCCAAGCCUCGCAACUUCCUCUACGUGGGGGUAAUGACGGCCCAGAAGUACCUGGGCAGCCGGGCGGUGGCGGCGCAGCGGACCUGGGUGCCCUCGGUACCGGGCCGCGUGGAGUUCUUCUCCAGCCAGGGCUCAGCCGCGCCCCCAGGGCUUCCCCCGCUGCCCGUCGUUGCCCUGCCCGGCGUGGACGACUCCUACCCGCCUCAAAAGAAGUCUUUCAUGAUGAUCAAGUACAUGCACGACCACUACCUGGACAAGUACGAGUGGUUCAUGCGGGCGGAUGACGACGUCUACAUUAAAGGUGAAAAAUUGGAGGAGUUUCUUCGCUCACUGAACAGUAGUAAGCCUCUGUAUUUGGGGCAGACUGGUCUGGGUAACAUUGAGGAACUUGGGAAGCUGGGUCUUGAGCCUGGAGAGAAUUUCUGCAUGGGAGGGCCAGGAAUGAUCUUCAGCCGGGAGGUUCUGAGGCGGAUGGUGCCACACAUAGGUGAAUGCCUUCGUGAGAUGUACACCACUCAUGAGGAUGUGGAGGUGGGCAGGUGUGUCCGAAGAUUUGGAGGAACGCAGUGUGUUUGGUCCUAUGAGAUGCAGCAAUUGUUCCAUGAGAAUUAUGAACACAACCGCAUGGGUUAUAUUCAAGACCUUCACAACAGCAAAAUUCAUGCAGCUAUAACACUUCAUCCAAACAAAAGGCCAGCCUACCAAUACAGGCUGCACAAUUACAUACUGAGUCGCAAAAUUUCCGAACUGCGCUAUCGGACCAUUCUUCUCCACAGGGAACGUGCCCUCAUGAGCAAGCUCAGUAACAGCAAAGUAACAAAGGAAGAUCAGCACCUGGGAGUGAUACCAUCUUUUAAUCAUUUCCAGCCACGUGAAAGAUCCGAAGUCAUGGAGUGGGAGUUCCUGACAGGUAAAUUUCUUUACUCAAUGAUAGAGAGCCAACCACCCCGGCAGAGCGUGAGCAAUGUCCUGAGGGCUGCGCUAGAUGACACCGUGAUGCAAGUCAUGGAGAUGAUAAAUGAGAACUCUAGAUCUAGAGGAAGGCUGAUUGAUUUCAAGGAAAUACAGUAUGGAUACCGCAGGGUGGACCCUAUGCAUGGUGUGGAGUACAUCCUGGAUUUACUACUCUUGUACAAAAGGCACAAAGGAAGGAAAGUUACAGUUCCAGUGAGACGUCAUGCUUUCCUUCAGCAACUAUUCAGCAAACCCUUCUUCAGAGAAGCAGAAGAACUAGAUGUAAGAAGCCUGCUGGAGAAUACCAAUACUGGCACACAAUCGUUCUCUUUUCUUUCAAAUUCUUUAAAGAUUUUUUCUUCAUCGUUCCAAGGCACCAAAGACAUUGUGGGACACAGUGACAAGAAAAUACAUAUUCUUGUUCCUCUUAUAGGAAGAUUUGACAUUUUCUCAAGAUUUAUGGAAAACUUUGAGAAGACUUGCCUGAUUCCCAGACAGAAUGUAAAAUUGGCAAUAAUUCUCUUCAGUUCUGAGUUAGGACAGGACUCCAGUAAACACAUAGAGCUGAUGAAAGAAUAUAGCAUUAAGUAUCCUAAGGCAGAUAUGACUCUGGUUCCUAUGGCAGGAAAGUUUUCCAGAGGUUUAGGUCUUGAAAUGGCUUCAUCCCAAUUUGACAAUGGCACUUUGCUAUUAUUCUGUGAUGUUGAUCUCAUAUUCACACCAGACUUCCUACAGAGAUGCAGAGAAAACACUAUUCAGGGAGAACAGGUUUACUACCCUAUAAUCUUCAGCCAAUAUGAUCCAAAAGUAGUAUAUGGAGGCAACCCUCCUGCUGACAGUAGUUUUAUUUUCACAAAAAGGACUGGAUUUUGGAGGGAGUAUGGAUUUGGAAUCACUUGUAUUUACAAAAGUGAUCUACUUACUGCUGGUGGAUUUGAUACCUCAAUUCGAGGCUGGGGUCUUGAGGACGUAGACCUCUAUACUAAAGUGAUAACAUCAGGCUUGAAGGCUUUUAGAAGUCAAGAAGUAGGAGUUGUUCAUAUUUUUCACCCAGUUCAUUGUGACCCCAGUUUAGAUCCAAAACAAUACAAAAUGUGCUUAGGUUCCAAAGCAAGUACAUUUGCUUCAACCAUGCAGCUCGCUGAACUCUGGCUAGAGAAACAUUUGGGUGUCAGAUAUAAUCAAACUGUCUCCUGACAUCCCAACCCAUUUGGCCUUUUAAAGGGAGUUUACCUCAUUAUUUUAACUAUUUUAUUUUGACGUUGUAUUUUUAAGCUCCCUUCUCUUUGUCUUCCAAAGACUGCUGACCUCAAACAAGAUGAGUCUGCUGUUCACUGAUGUUUCUUAUGCCUACUGAACUGAUUAGGUGAACUCUUUCAGAUUUCUCUUAUUUGAAAUUCAAUCAAAUCAUGGCAAUCACAUGAUCUCAUGGAACACAUCCAUCACAAGAGACUACAUCAGAAGAAUAUUCUUUUUGUCUCUAGGAUACAAUAUCAUCUUUGUUGUAUUUCUCAGACUUGAUGUGAUACUAAUAUUUAAUAGUGAAGGUACCACAAAAGUGCUUUAUGCUUCUUCUGGGGAUGGAACUUUGUUAGAUAAACUUGAGUUUUAUAAUUUAUAUGAGGACUUACAUGUAUAAACACUACUUUUCUUCAUCUUUAGAGUUUCUAAAGUUAGUGAAUAAUGAUUGUACCUUUAUUUUAAAAAAAGAAAGAAAAACUGAGGAGUUACUUGCAAUUGCAACUGGUACUGGCUACCAAGUUACCUUAUGUCUUACUAGAAUAACAAACUCCUCACUGUUGUUCACUCUCCAUGUAAAUGAACUUUAUUUUCACAAGGAACAGAAUUUAGUCAAAUUCUCAUGUACACUUAGGAGAUCUGUGAACCAAUGUCCUUCAUUUGCAGGCAAGAAGCUAUGACAUAACGUGGUUAUUUAUGACAAAGUGCAGGCAAACAAUAGUCUUUUUUUGAAACACAUAAGUUGGUGUUUCUCUUUUUAGAAUGAAACUCUAAUAUAUAAUUUUCUUUUACAUUCCUUUCAUAAAGCUGCACUUGGUAGAGAGUGUUAGAAGUUGAAGCUGUAUCUUUUUUUAUGUUUUCUGUGAAUAUUGGUACUCAGAAACAAUUUGUUGUUAAAAUUAAAAUAAUUGUAGAAUAAUUAUUUAAGUUUCAAAAUUUAUAAUUGCUGGUCAAAAUUCCUUGCCAAUAUAUUUAUAUUAGUGGAGGUUAUAAGACUGUGUUAAAAUCUAUCUCUAUGGACAGCCUGAUGUUGUCAUAUUACUGAUUUAUGGAGUAAAGUAUUUGAAAUGACACCAACUUAAGAAAUAUAGAAACCAACUUUUUGUAUUUUAGAGAAAUGUUUAUAUGGGGAUCUACAAAUGUGUGUAUGUGCGCGGUGUGUGUGGGAAUGUCCCUAUAUAUACAUUAUAUAGAGAAUCAUAGAGAAUCAUUUCAAAAGAUGUUCUUUUUUUCAUUUCGGGCAAUGAAUUUGUUGAAAUUAUUUUUACCACAUGCUUGGAACAUUUCGUAUUAUACUAUGCUAAGACUUCAAAGACGUCCAAGAAACCAUAAACCUUCAGCCAAACUUAAAUACAGUGGGUACAUCUAAUCUCAUCUUAGUACCCUAGAUUUCAAACUGUAUUUCAAAUUGAACUGGUGUCAGCAGUUUACGGGCUGGUUUGGCCUGGUUCUGUAACUAGUGGGGUGAGAGGACACAGGGACCCGUGCCCCAGGAAGGGGAUAGGGGAAAAAAGGGAAAAGGAUAGAGAGAUGGGCCUAAAAGCAAAACAGCAGCAACAGUCUGAGGGGAGACAAACUGUUUUAUUAAUUAAGAUAUCAGAAUGCAAGAUAACAUACCAUAAUACAGAAUAAUAUAGUAUACUUAGAAUUGAAGCUAGCAAAAUAAAAUAAAUGAGAGUGGGUGUCCAAAAGCCAAAGGCCUUACUCUAAUGUUGUGAUGAGACAGCACCUGCCUGUCAGGUAACCUACCAAAGCCUUUUAUCUUUUCCCACUGAGCAGAAACAGUAACAGAACAGCGAGCAGUCUGCUGGGGAUUGUUGUAGUUCUUCUUUCUGGGACAGGUACUUGAACCUGGAACAUUAAUUUUUAAUUCCCAGUGCAUGGCUUGAUUUUAUGAUGUGGAAUAUGAUAACCAAACAUCAUAAAACCAUGACAAGUGUGUGUGUGGGAGGGGGUGGGGGCGGGAGAGGGGGAGUAAGCAACUGUUGAAGUUUUCAUAUGCUUAAAAUUUUAAUAUGAUUAAAUACAUUUUUCAUAGUGACACCCCCUCUUGCUACCCCAACUUGGGUUGGAAUUCAGUGGCAAGUCUAUUUGUGUGAAGAUAUCCUGAUAAAAUUUCGUAAGGCACCAGGAAGGUGCAUAGGUUAGUUACUGUGCAAGAGAAAAGGCAUGCCUGAAGGGGAAUGGGUAAGCUCAGUAUUAAAGGGCUGGCCAUAGCCUUUUUGUAUGCUUUAAAAGAGGCCAGUCCAUUGCCUCAGAAAAGGUAAUAAUUGUGGUAGAUGACAACAGAUAGAAAGUAACUCAUGCAUGUCCGCCCUCCUAAAUGAGAGCUUCUUGCUUGUCAUUCUUCUGGAAAUUCUUUUCUUCCUAGCCUAGUAUCAGCAGCUCAAAUGUCUGGAGAAAAUAAAAUUAUUAGAAAAUAAAAGUAGUAGUUUUGAAGGGAUUCUUACAGACCUUCCCCUUGACUCUGCACGAGUGCAAAGCUCUUGCUUAGUUCGAUUAGAAAGCCAAGUGCGAGGAACAGGAAAGUGAAUUCCUGCUGAUAAGUGUUUGUGAUGAUUUCAUAGAAUCAUAAAAUGGCUUAGGGUGGAAGUGACCUUAAAAGAUCACACAGUUCCAACCCCUUUGCCAGGGGCAGUAUUGCUAGCUACCAGAUGAUGCUGCACAGUGCCUCAUCCAGCCCGGCUUUGAGAACCUCCAGGGAUGGGGAAUUCACAGCUUCUCUGGACAGCCUGUGUCAGAGACUAACUGCCUUCCGAGUAAAAAAAUUCUUACUAACAUCUGAUCUAAAUCUCCCCUCUUUUAGUUUAAAUCAUUCCCCCUUGUUUUAUCACUACCAGACUGUGAAAAAAGUUGGUCCCACUCCUGUUUGUAAGUUCCCUUCAAGCACUGGAAGACUGCAAUUCAGUGUCCAUGGAGCCUUCUUCAGGCUGGACAAGCCCAUCCCUCUCAGGCCUUCUUCAUAAAAGAGGUGCUCCAUCUGUGCAUUUUUGUGGCCUCCUCUGGACCUGCAGCAACAGUUCUUCCCUUGUGUGCUAGGGAUCCCAGGCCUGGAGGUAGUGCUCCAGAUAGAGUCUCACAAGAGCAGAGCAGAGGGGGACAAUCACCUCUCUCUCCCUGCUAUCACCCCUGUGUUGAUGCAGUCCAAGAUACAGUUGGCCUUCAAGGCUGCAGGAGCACACUGCUGUCUCAUGUCCAGCUUCCCAUCUACCAGGACCCAUAAGGCCUUCUACACAGGGUUUCUUCUCAGGCAGUCUGUACAUGUAUCUGGGAUCUCUCUGACCAAAGUGCAGCACCCUGCACAUGAUAUGGUUGAACUUUGUCAGGUUCCUUUGUGCCCACUUUUUGAGCCUGUCCGGUCCCUCUGGGUGGUGUCCCCCACUUCUGUUUUGUCAACUGUACCACCCAGCUUGGUAUCAUCAGCAAACUGCUGAGGGUACAUUUCAUCCUGCUACGACCUUUCCUAUUCAAAUGAAGAUACUUCUCUGAAGCCCUGUGCAUGAUUCUGUGGGUUUUGCUCCAAGUUUCCUUACACAUUUCAUGCACGUGAAUGAAAAUGUGAGUGAUAAUGGAAAUUAUGAUUACAAACGUGUAAGGAAAUCAUUAUCCACUGAGAUAUAAUCUGGUGCUUAUUUCAGUUUUUUAACUUAGAGGACAGAAGGUAUUUGCUCAGCUAGAAGUAAAAUAGUAGAAUGAAACAAGAAAUUAAAGUAAUCAUCCUUUGGGGAUUAAGAUGUAUACAGAGGGCUUGCAGGCUCAGGUCCUAAGCAAAAAGUUAGUAUCUACCAGUAUGAAUAUUUAUUUAGUGUCUGACUGGUUCAUUUGUUUAUAUGAUGAAUGACUUUGUUAAAAAUAUAUAUAUAUAAAUGUUUAUUAUGAAUUAUUGCAUUGACUUUUGAAAUAACUAUCCUGAGAUAACUUGAGAACUUGUGUUAGUUUGUUUGAGGAAUAAAUGCUUUCUAAAGAGAUCAUAUUAAAAAGGAAAAAAGAAGCACAAAAGUGUUAGAGUAAUAUUGUGGAUGUAGAGAUUAAAAUGGGAAUGUCUCUGCUAACCGUUUGCUUUUGUCUAAUAUGAAUCACAAUCUCAAUUGUAAAAUGAAAUUUCUAAAUGUACAUUGUCCCUUUAUAAAUGUGUAAUUAAUGGAUUCACAAUAGAACAAAAUGGCAAGUUUUUCCAAAACCUC